AUCGCGAGAGGGCGGGCCGGCUUGGCAUUAGCGUCGGCGUCGUUCCGGCGCUAGGCCGGCUUCUCUCCGCGGGCCACGGUUAGAGUGCCGGUGGCCAAGGGCUCGCGGAGGGCCGCCAGCCACGCGGCGUCGGCUAGACCUCAGAGCAUCCGAGUCGUUGUGUCGUGACAGCAACUCUGGUGGCUGUCUCCGCGACAGCAGGUGCGGCCGCUUCAGUCCCAGGCGGGCUCGGCGGCUGCCUGGCGAGUUUCUGCUCGCGCCCAGCCCUUUCCUUCCUGAACUCGGCGCCAAGCAGCGACGCUGAGCCGACCGCCGGAGCAGCAGGCAAUGGCGGCCUCGACGGCCUCGCACCGGCCCAUCAAGGGGAUCCUGAAGAACAAGAGCUCUACGACUUCCUCUGUGGUGUCCUCGGCCGAACAGCCCGGCAAGAGUGUCGACGAAGAGCUGAGUAAAAAGUCCCAGAAGUGGGAUGAAAUGAAUAUCCUGGCGACCUAUCAUCCAGCAGACAAAGACUACGGUUUAAUGAAGAUAGAUGAGCCUAGCACUCCUUACCACAGUAUGGUAGCUGAUGAUGAAGAUGCAUUGAGUGAUUCAGAAACCACUGAAGCGCUGACCCCAGAUAUCUUAGCUCGGAAAUUAACUGCUGCUGCUGCUGAAAGCUUGGAACCAAAGUAUCGAAUUCGUGAACAGGAAAGCAGUGGAGAUGAGGAUAGUGAACUCUCACCUGAAGAACGAGGUAAAAAAAAGCGACAGUUUGAAAUGAAAAGGAAGCUUCACUACAAUGAAGGACUGAAUAUUAAGUUAGCUAGACAAUUAAUCUCAAAAGACCUAAAUGAUGAGGAGGAGGAUGAAGAAAUGUCAGAGACUGCAGCUGGAGAAAGCAUGAAUAUGGAAGAAUCAAGUCAAGGAUCUGCUACAAGUGACCAACUGCAAAACAAAUCACAGAGUUCAUAGAAGAGAUUUUUUUCAACACAGUAAUUCUCAAAUACAAACUCUGUUACUAUAAUAUACUGCUUCUUGUUCUCUACAAUUCAUGACUUAAGUACCAAAAUACGUACCAGUUAUUAUAUAUUGCCAAGAAUUAAAUAACUUAAGAGACUAAUUAGACUGAAAAUGCCUAAUUGAUACAUAUAUUCUUGUGCCUAGUACUUCACCACAAAUACAGCAUAAUGUCGUUCAAAACUACGUUACUUUUGUAAGAACACUGGUUAAUUUGUAUAAGAUAUAUAGCUUUUUAUGCUUUAGAAAUUAAUAUCUUUUGGGGAGGGAGAGGGGAUCUAAUUUAUUUUCUUCACUUCUAGAUAUGACAGCUCUUAUAAAAGGUUGGGUUUUUAAAAAAUCAAAAUCCAGUUAGAACAGCAGAUCAUAUAGGCUGAUAAAUAUAUUCAGUCUGAAAAGUAUUUUAACGUGUGUCUUCAGCUUGUCUGUUUAAUUAAAAAGGAUUACGUUAUGAGUUAUGGUUGCAUUUUCUGGCAUACUACCUUUAAAAUUCCUGUUGAGUUUCUUUUAUGUUUACAAGGAAAGGAUCUCAUCAAAACUAGUUUUUUUCCAUAAAUAAAUUGUCAGGUUAAAUUUGCACUAACGUCUGCUCUGACUUUUUUUGUACACUCCAUGGGCAGACUUCAAAUCAGUCUUUCAAUAAAUAUAAUUCUAAUAUAGUUUCAGCAUUCCCUUUAUAUACCUGUGUUAAACUCCUGCCUUUGUCUCUUAUUCCUUUCCACACAUACACACAGAAUCGUUUACCUUUACAAAGGAUCAUAAAAAUUGUCAUGACAUUGGAAGCUUUUCCUUUUCUCACAUACUCUGUCAUUUGCUGCAACAAUGAAAAUCUUACUUUGACUAUUAAUGCCUAUUCAUUCUUCUAACAUGGAGAAAAUGAAUUGCAUCAGUACUAGACAGGAAAUACAAUUCAGCUGCAGAAUUUUCUACAUGUCUCUGACUUCAGCUUGCUAAUUAAAGUGCUAUUAUUAGUUUAUUGUUUGACUUAAUUAGACCUUAGAAAACAACUGAGGUUUUUUUGCAUGAUGAGAGAAUUGUGUGUAACCAGUGAUAUGAUGAUAGUUCCUGAAUGUAUAAACAGAAUUCUGAACACUUUUUAAUUUAAAAGCUUAAAAUAGGUCCUGCUUUAAGGGAAUACGAUAAUGUAUACUAUGACAAAUGUUGUUUAUUCUUCUAACACAAUAAGAUUUGAACUUUUUCCCCCUAAAAUGAAGUACAGUUCCUGUGUAUCUUAGCUUACAUUUCUAGUCAAUUAUUUGUAUUUUAAUUUUUUGUUAGUACCGAAAGAAUCCAUUAUAUGAGCAGACUUUUUAAGUAAUUUCUGUAUAUUGUAUAUUUGAAUUGGCUUUUAUUGAGCAGCUUAUCUUCCAUUUGCAAGGUUAUGGAAAUAUCAAAUGUCAAAAUAAGUAAAAAGUGGGAGAACUAUUUACUGUUAGAAGAAUGUUUUUAUUAGUUUGAAUGUCUUCUUUUUUAAUGGAAUCUAAUCAGUACUUCUGAACUGCACGUAUAGUGUUCUAACUAAAACAUAUAAGCUAGUAGUACCACUGAUUUAGGGAUAAACUGAACAGUGUUUAUCCCAGCUUUCUGAAUUUAGAAUAUUGAGGUAUUCUUACCUGUUUAAAGUUGUCUGGGGGUAUUUAAGCUUAUAUAUAUAUAUGUGUACAUAUGUUCAUACACACAGAUCUCUGUUUUUGGUUUUCUCAUUUCAAGUUCUUAGGAAGUAUUCACGUGCUCUUUAUUUGUAGAAAUAGCUGCUAUACAGUGAAGAACAGGUAGGAACUUUAACAACUGAUCCUUUUGGUGUUUUCUACAAAUUAUUUCUUGAAACUUCAAUCACAGGCAAACUUGUAUUUCUGGUUUCCGGAAAUAGUUAUCUCAGAGGAAUAAGACAUGGCAAAUAUCAUGCUCAGUAGAAUUGUAGGUAAUCAAAUGUGACUGAGUAAAAUUGUUAUCAUUGUCAUGAGUUCCUAAUUGACGUGGUAUUGAACUAUACAAAAAAUGAACCUUUAUGACUCAAGUUAUAUUUUCCUUUGGAGAAAGUUAUCUGUCAGUGUUCAGUUGUAGUCAAAGUAGAUUUUACUUUCAGUUUUUUAAUCAGUAUCUCUUAUGUGCUUAACUCUUGAUGUCAUCUUUUCUGUGUAUUCGUUUUUCAGUCUGAAAUUCAGCAGUGAUGCUCUUUAAAAACUGAGACAUAAAAUGGUAUAAAUGGAUUGUUAAAAAAUGACUCAAAUUGGAGAUUAAAGCAAAGUGCCAUUUUCCCCUAGACUUUCAUUUUGUUUACAUUUUUUCCUCUUAACGUUAGUACACUGAACAUAUUGUAAUAAAAUAUGGUCAUAUGACAA